AUGUUGACACUGAUCCAAAUUUCGAAACUUGCCAUUGGCAAAAUAGUGAAAGAGGUGGAGCCUCGAUUUCACUCGAGGUUUCUGCGAGGUCGCUCGAUGUCGGUGAUUGAUGUUUGUUUGAUUUUCAUCAUGGGUAACGUUUCCCCCUAUUUUAUGGGAUUUUUAGGCAAAUAACUCUGAAAUUCAUGAUGUUCUUUUCGUGAUUGAUGUUUGUAAGGGCUUGAGAGCUAGUGUUCCGCGAUUUGACGAUAUUUUCAUCGUGUUUUGUCGAAUAUUUUAUAUUCUCCUUCUUUCAGAGAUGCAGUCCCAAACCCUCUGCCUGAUCGCUGUCGUCGUGCUGGCCGUUGGGCUCACCACAGAUGCGGCGUUGCGCAACCGCAACCGAAGGGGUCGAAACAAUUCGACGGACACCACUACAACGGUCGCUGCGGACAGCACAACUGAUGCUCCACUUACCACCACCACCUCAUCGAACAGUUCCGAUAGUUGCGAAGCGCAGAAGGUCUGUUACGCGGACUCGGAUUGCGGUGGAAAGGGAAGAUGUCUGGGGAUCUUCGUUGCGAAGUGCAAUUGCAAUGCCUGCAUCAACUUCCUGACCUGCGAGGACGAUUCGGCUUGUGGUGGACUGAAGGGCGCUUGCAACGGAACUACUUCGCGUUGUAACUGUGUUGAAGGUGAGUGUUUUGAAGUUUCUUGUUGAUUUUUAGGUGGAGUGGAGAAUGUGGAAGAUAUUAGAAAGCAUUCUGGCAGUUUAAAUUGGUUUUUGAGGGUUCCUUUUUGAGUUUCCACCUUGUUUUAGCUAUUUGGAUACAGUUUUGUCUAAAUUUUUGGUUUUUUGCUGCUCUGCCGAAAGCAAUGUGUUGCUGGGUCUUUAUGGAAAUUUCCGGAGGAGAUUACAUCUUUUUCCGGGAUGUGUAUGUCUUUCCUUGCCUUCAGGGUCUUAUUUUACUUUAGUUUAUCAAAUUUUUCCAUUUUGAUGUUAUCUUUCGUAGGAUUCCAACAUAACGGCUUUGACACCUUCUUCGAUGCUCUCCGUGGUCUCUGCAACGUCAAGGAUUGCUCCGGCACCAACACUACUCAAUGCUUUGGACUUCCAUGCAAUGCUGGCCGAUGUUUCUGCUAA